AUGGAGAGGAAUUGUUCAAAGAUCCCAAAAGAAUAAUAUUUUAAGUUGAGAUCAUUCAUGUUCCCUUCUUCCAAAAGGGUCAUAAUCAGAUUCUGGAUGGCACAAGUGUCUUCUUAUUUCUUCUUAUGGCUUGAUGUUGAAUGUAUAGAACAAAAUUGGUGGUCAACUAUGUGUUUGCCUGAAAGUUUCUUUUCUGGUCAAUUGGAAUUUCCAUAAAAAUUAGUUAUUCUCUAUUUCUAUGUUAAUUUAUAAGGAAAUUCUUUAAUAUCCAUAAUUUAUCUAAUCUAGCUCUUAUAAAUUGAGGAAUUGCGUAAUGAAGAAUGUGGAGCUUUUUGA